CGGGAGUAAAGAAAAGAGGAAGAAAUCGUCCGUUAGAUCUGGUUUUUGUUGUUGUUGUUUGUGUGUGGCCAUCCACCACCAAACUCUCUCGUCUUUCAUUUCAUACAAAAAAUUAAUGAAUAUUCCUUGUUAUAUAAGGAAUUGAUUUGCCCUUUAAUUUCGAAUCUCAAGGACUUUUCUCUGCGUGUCGUUUCAAUUUACCCAGAAACCAUCUCAUCUCCUCUUUCGUUGUCCUCCUUCCAAGCGUUUCUCUGUGAUCCAAACAAAAGUCUCAUGAGGAAGAAGCUCGAUACUCGCUUCCCUGCUGCUCGAAUUAAGAAAAUAAUGCAAGCUGACGAGGAUGUUGGCAAGAUUGCUUUGGCGGUUCCUGUCUUAGUCUCAAAAGCUUUGGAAUUAUUCUUACAAGACCUUUGUGAUCAUACUUAUGAAAUUACUCUUCAACGAGGAGCCAAGACCGUUAGCUCAUUGCACCUAAAAAACUGUGUCGAAAGAUACAAUGUGUUUGAUUUUCUAAGGGAAGUUGUCAGCAAGGUUCCUGACUAUGGCCAUGGGCAUGGUCACAGUCAAGGCCAUGCUGAUGUAGCCAUGGAUGAUCGCAAUAUCUCUAAGAGAAGGAAGCCCCAGGAUGAUGAAAUUAAUGACAGCGAUGAGGACUUAAAGAAAACCAAAGUGCACGAGAUGGGACAUGCAGGACCCAGCGGAAGGGGCAGAGGCAGAGGGCGUGGAAGGGGACGUGGACGAAGUGCAAAAACAGCGGAAAGAGAGCUUUUUCAUCGCGAAAUGGAGAUAGAGCCAACCAUAUUGGUUGCACCACAACUUACUCAAGAAGAAAUCAAGAUGCAUGCACCACCACAACAACAUGGCAGUGAGAAGAAGGAUGUGGAUGAGCGGUUUAACCACACAAAGCAAGAGCUUGAAAGUCCCGACGACACAAACUCAGGGUUGGGUCGAGGUUUUGAUCUGAACACACAAUCUCUCGACAUUGAGAUAAAGCCGCCAGUAAUCACAGCCUCAAGAGAAGAAAUGAAACCGGAAGAAUACCCAUGUUGGUCCAUCCCGGAUAUGGCCAAUAUCGAUCCUAUGCAGGUUGCUAAUAUGAGUAAGAGGUUAGACGAAGACGAAGAAGAUUAUGACGAGGAGGAAAGUUGAAAAUUAGAACACAGGGCUCGUUAGUAGUAUUGAAGUUGGAUUUAGUAGGAAUCAUGAUGUAGGAUUAAAAUAGAGUAGCAUCAUUAACAGCCUGUUUAUGUAGAAAAAAUGUAUAUUUUGGCUCUUGCUCUUCUUUUCCUGCAUUUUUAUGUUUGGAGAAAUUAUUGUAAAGUCUAAUUAUUUAAUGUAGUUUUUUAAAGUCUAA